CCUUCCUGGCAGGGGAGGAACAUCCUCGCGCAGAGCUCCGACCCUCCGGCGACAGGCGGGUGCAAGCCAUGACUCCCUGCUGACCGCCGUUUCCUCCCGCCAGCGCCGUCGGCGCGCAAUACACGUUUUACAUUCCGCCGUGCUCACAACUCGCUCCCUCCUCGGCGGGGACCUUCAAAAACGGGCUAUUCCGCUGCAAACUUUGCUUACGCUCUCAGCAGCAUGGGGAAACUUGCCUCCCUCCCUCUCCUGAUGCUUAGCCUGAUGCUGUUCGCCGCCAGAACAUCGGGGAGUAAUAUCUGUGCUACACGUGGAGUGAACUCAUGUCAACAGUGCUUGGCUGUGAGUCCAAGUUGUGCCUGGUGUAACGAGAAGUACCCAUCAUCAGAAUUCUCUCGCUGUGACCUGAAGGCUAAUCUUCUUCAAAAUGGCUGUUCAGCUAAUUCUAUUGAGUAUCCAGAGAGCCACAUUACUGUUGUGGAGAACAGGACUCUCAGUGACAAAGGCUCAGGAAAAGACAUCACCCAAAUGGCCCCACAGAAGAUUGAGCUCCAUCUACGACCAGAUGACUCUCGAACGUUCUCAGUACAAGUGCGCCAGGUAGAGGACUACCCUGUGGACAUUUACUAUCUGAUGGACUUGUCUAAUUCCAUGAGGGAUGACCUCCACAACAUCCAGAACUUAGGCACCAAGCUAGCCAUGGAAAUGCGUAAAGUGACCAGCAACCUGAGAAUUGGCUUUGGGGCCUUUGUGGACAAACCCCUGUCCCCUUACAUGUACAUUUCCCCUCCAGAAGCCAUCACAAAUCCAUGCUAUGAUUUGGAUCCACCAGGUAACCACUGCCUGCCCAUGUUUGGAUAUAAGCAUGUCCUGGCGCUAACAGAUAAGGUGAACCGCUUCAAUGAGGAGGUGAAGAAGCAGAGUGUGUCAAGGAACCGUGAUGCCCCUGAAGGAGGUUUUGAUGCCAUCAUCCAAGCAAUUGUCUGUGAUGAAAAGAUUGGCUGGCGGCCAGAUGCCUCCCACUUGUUGGUGUUCACCACAGAUGCCAAGACACACAUUGCUUUAGAUGGGAGACUUGCAGGGAUUGUGACACCCAAUGAUGGGAAAUGCCAUAUGGAUAGCAACAACUUCUAUGAAGCUUCCACCACACUGGAUUACCCAUCCCUUGGCCUGCUGACAGAUAAACUCUCCCAGAAAAACAUUAACCUGAUUUUUGCUGUGACUAAUACCAUUGUGGGUCUCUACAGGAACUACAGUGAGUUGCUCCCUGGCACUACAGUAGGGACUCUUUCAACAGACUCUAGCAAUGUUUUGCAGCUAAUUUUGGAUUCUUAUGGGAAAAUCCGAUCCAAGGUCGAACUGGAAGUGCGCAAUCUGCCAGAGGAGUUGUCCCUUUCAUUCAAUGCUACUUGCCUGGAGAAUGAAGUCAUUCCUGGAGUUAAGUCUUGUGUUGGUCUUAAGAUUGGAGACACGGUUAGUUUCAGCAUUGAAGCAAAGAUCCAUGGUUGCCCCCAGGAAAAGCAGAAGUCUUUCACCAUCAAGCCAGUGGGCUUUGAGGACAGCUUGACAGUGGUCGUGAACUUUCUCUGUGACUGCAAAUGCCAGCAGAAUGCCGAGCCUAACAGCAACUAUUGUAACAAUGGCAAUGGCACCUUUGAAUGUGGCAUAUGCCGCUGCCACCCUGGCCGGCUGGGCUCCCACUGCGAGUGCUCUGAGGAGGAGUAUGGUCCCUCCCAGCAGGAUAACUGCAGCCCCCCCGAUGGGCAGCCGCUUUGCAGUCAGCGGGGUGAAUGCAUCUGUGGCCAGUGUGUUUGCUACAGUAGUGACUUUGGCAAGAUCUCUGGCAAGUACUGUGAGUGCGAUGACUUCUCCUGUGUCCGCUUCAAGGGAGAGCUGUGCUCUGGUCAUGGGAAAUGUGUCUGUGGAGAUUGUGCCUGUGACCCUGACUGGACAGGGGCCUACUGCAAUUGCACCACCCGCACUGACACCUGCAUGUCUAGCAAUGGACUGGUGUGCAGUGGGCAAGGACGUGGGUACUGUGCCUGCGGGAAAUGCGUCUGUACCCAGCCCGGCUCAUACGGAAACACCUGCGAGAAGUGUCCGACUUGCCCCGAUGCCUGCACCAUCAAGAAGGAGUGUGUUGAGUGUAAAAAGUUUGAAAGGGGCACCCUGAAAGAGCAAGAUACCUGCAACCGUAUCUGCCGGGAUGAGAUUGAGCUGGUGCAGGAACUUGGAGACAAGGGGAAAGAUGCUGUGAAUUGUACCUACAAGGAUGAGAAUGACUGUGUGGUGCGUUUCCAGUACUAUGAGGACUCCAGCGGCAAAUCUAUCCUCUAUGUCAUUGAGGAACCGGACUGUCCAAAGGGGCCUGAUAUCUUGGUAGUUCUCCUUUCAGUGGCUGGAGCCAUCUUGCUUAUUGGCUUGGCUACUCUGCUCAUCUGGAAGUUGCUUAUCACCAUCCAUGAUCGGCGGGAAUUUGCCAAGUUUGAAGAAGAGAGAGCCAGGGCUAGAUGGGACACGGCCAACAACCCAUUGUACAAGGGUGCCACCUCCACGUUCACCAACAUCACAUACCGUGGGAAUUCAUGAAGGGAGGAAGUACAUUUCAGGCCUUCCCAGGCCUUCCCUACUCAUGUUUACAGAACAGUCGGUGUUGUGUUGGCAUGUCUGUUGUGUGUUUGUGAUAUUUUAGCAGCUGUUGCUCAAGUUGCUCAAGAGCCUUUGCUCUUCACUGAUCUGCUGUCAAGUGAGAAUGACUGCAUUAGCAUUCUUCCAAAAUUCUCUGUUUACCUCAGCUCACCCAGAACUGCGGCUGGAACCAUGCAUUGAAGGAGAAAGGAGGACUUACUGUUGAGUAAGCAAUAUACAAAUCCCCAGGGGUCAGAGACCACACUCGUUGAAUAAAAUUAAUGGGCAGGGAUGUUGAGGUAUAUAAUCUAACUCAAAAAGGUUUUUAUAAUGAAGUGUGGAAUUGAGGGGUUCAGAAACAAAGUCUUGCAAUUCCUAAUACCAAAGCUUGAAAUGGCUCAGCAAGUCACAUCUAAGUAUUCUUGGUGCCACUCCCUUCCCAUGGAAAGUCUAUUGUUGCAGAGCUUGCUUGUCAGUGUUUCCUGACUCCCAGUAGAAGUUGGAAAGUUUGGGGAAUAGGGAUGAUGAAACUGAACUUCAAAACAGAUUCAGAAAUAAAAUGUAUUUUCUGGGGGCUUUGAAAAAUGUAUUUCCUGAAUCCAUUUCAAACUGAAGUAAUUACUAUAUUAUGAGAAAAGAUGAUACUAUAUAUUUUUGAAAUAUUGUUCUAGUAUUUUUGUCCACUUUAGGAGGUCACAGUUGUCUGCUAUUUAAUUUCUAGAAAGUGAUGUGCAUGUGUUCAAACUUUCCUGAACACUCUGUGAGCCUAACCAUUCACAGAUAUGUAAGAGCUAUUUGGUGAAGAAGGAAAAUAUAUGUUGGAGGUACUUCAUUUUCUAUAAUGGCAUCCUAUGUUCCAAGGCUCAAAUUAAGCCUUCACCCAAAGGCUUCUGUACAUCUUGUAUAACAACUUGAUCAUCAAGGGAUAUGUUUGGGGAAGUAUCCAUAGCUUAGUGGUAUGGACAUGCUUUGCAUAGAAAGGGUUGAAGGAUUAAUCCUCAUUGUCAAGUUUAAAGCAUGUAAACUAAAGCAAGAACCUGCUCAUCAGAAUGGAAUAAGUAUCUCUGCCAGUAUGUCUGCAUCCACAUACUCCAAAGUCCUCAGUGUCUGCCUGUAGAUGCAUUCUCCUCACUCCUGCUUUUUACUCAGGGAACCAAAAAUCCACCUUAAAGCAAAGAAAUACUUCAGUGUCCUAAAUGUCCAAACCACUGCCUCCAAAACUGUCCUCAGGUAUGUUAAAGUGAGGAGAGGACAUGCUGCAGCCAGUGAACCUCACUUCUCUGUGCCUUUGUUACCCAAUAUGUGUAAGACAAGUAGAAAGAGUCCUCCACUUUCCUCAGGCUAUGAAAUGCUCUUGCACAAGGGGGUGUUUUCACUGCUGGCCCAUCUGCACCCCUUGUGGCUGCUCAGUCUCUAAAGGCCCACACUCAUUUCUAGAUGUGGGGGCAGCAGCACAGUACCCUUCCCGCCUUCCUGUCCUGGGUCCAAGUCAGCCACUCACACCAGCCCUCCUGUUGCCCAGCUGCAGCCUUCCCCAACUGGGUGCCUUCCCAUGGUGACUGACUAUGGGCUUCUCUGCAUAAGGCAUUUGUUUUAUACUUGUCGUCCCUUACUCAUGGAAGUUUGUAGGGCCUUCUCCCAACAUCAUCAUCCUUCAGGGCCUCUUCACAGUUUUCCAGCCAUUUACACAAUUUUGGGGGGAAACGUCUAGUAUUUUCUAGAUGCUGCCAUUGUUUGCUACAAAAGCUAGGGUAGUUUUACAAUUCCACUCUGUACCAGUGUACCAUGUUGUCUUGUGUAAUGGGUAGUAAUGAAAAAGCCUUGUGUGGAGGGCACUCUGUAAGUAUGUCAGGAAGAUGGAAGAAGAGUCCUUGAUGAAGCGGGAUCUUAUAUGCCUCAUGCAAAGAAGCCCUGUACCUCCCAUCAACUAAAUGGACAUAGAAGUAUCCUCCCAAGGGCACCAGGUUGGGGAAGCUUAUACAUAUUUCUUACAUGUAUAACUUUCUUACACUAUGCAACCCUCCCACAACCCAGCACAUUUCUGUCACAAAUAUCUGCCUCUGGAAUGUUUUUUUAAAAAGGAGACAGUGCUGCAACUAGGAUAGGCUAUUGGGGAUGAUGGAACACAGGUUCGCUAUUAGAAGAAGCUUGAGUUCCUUUUUGAGGGAGUCUCUGACAACAAUUCACACAGUACCAAUUUGCUUCUUUUCUACUGGCCCUGGAAAUUAUUCCCCAGGAUUUCUUAGUCAGCAUCCCAUGUGCAUGGUUACCAACUGUGGUGAAUUUGUAGGCAGAGUGGAGUCAGGAAAUGGCUCUGCUCCCUCCUUUUAAAUGGGGGGUAGGCAGGAGUGUAAAAUUGGUUUAAAAAAGAGGUUUGGCAGUGUUGUGAAGUCAUGCCUGUAGCACAUGCAAAUAAAAUCAAAUUGUCUCAGA